AUGACUGAAGCCAGGAGGAAACUGCCGUUCACCAUCCCCGAGCUGGUCCACGCCUCCCCGUGCCGCAGCUCCGAUGGCGUCUUCUAUACGGGCCGAAAGCAGGAUGCCUGGUUUGUGGUGGACCCGGAGUCAGGGGAGACACAGAUGACACUGACCACAGAGGGCACCUCUGCGCCCCGCCUCUACAUCGGCCGCACGCAGUACACGGUCACCAUGCAGGACCCCCAGGCCCCCGGCCAGCGCUGGAACACCACCUACCGCCGCUACUCAGCGCCCCCCAUGGACGGCUCCCCUGGAAAUCCCCAGAGCAGCUCCCCACCCCAAGAUGCUCUGAGGUACCUCCUGUCAGAGCUCCCUGAUCACACCUCCAUCUUUCUUGGCAGACAUGAGCCACCUGGCAUCCUGUGGAUGACGCUGUAUAUAGGGAAGGAUGAUGCUGGCUUCUAUGUUUCCAAAGCCCUGGUUCACACAGGGGUGGCCUUGGUGCCUCGUGGACUGACCCUGGCCUCCAUGGAUGGCCCCACCACAGAUGAGGUGACACUUCAAGUCUCAGGAGAGCGAGAGGGCUCACCUAGCACAGCUGUCAGAUACCCCUCAGGCAGUGUGGCCCUCCCUAGCCAGUGGCUGCUCAUUGGACACCAUGAGCCACCCCCAGUCCUGCACACCACGAUGCUGAGAGUCCAUCCUACCCCAGGGAGUAGAACUGCUGAAACUAGACCCUCCAAGAGCAAGCAGGCCCCAGCCCUCUUAAUGGAGCUCCUGAGUCUGAGUCGGGAGGAACUUUGGGACCUGGAGCUGCACCCUGAAGAGAACACCGCAGACUUGUAUCUAGGACUGGGACCCCAAGACCUGCUGGUGGCCAGCCUCACUGCAGUCCUCCUGGGAGGGUGGAUUCUCUUCUUAAUGAGGCAGCAGCAGCUGGCGGAGAACCCCUCUGAGCAAACCCAGCUGCUUGAAGACCCUGAAGCUGAGCAGCUCACUGUGGUGGGGAAGAUCUCCUUUAACCCCAAGGAUGUGCUGGGCCGCGGGGCAGGCGGGACUUUCGUUUUCCGGGGACAGUUUGAGGGGCGGGCAGUGGCUGUCAAGCGACUCCUUCGUGAAUGCUUUGGCCUGGUGCGGCGGGAGGUCCAGCUGCUCCAAGAGUCAGACCGGCACCCCAACGUGCUCCGCUACUUCUGUACAGAGCGGGGACCCCAGUUCUACUACAUCGCCCUGGAGCUCUGCCCCGCCUCCUUGCAGGAGUACGUGGAAAACCCAGAGCUGGACUGCUGGGGCCUGGAGCCGGAGACAGCGCUGCAGCACCUCAUGUCUGGCCUGGCCCACCUGCAUUCUCUACACAUAGUGCACCGGGACCUGAAGCCAACCAACGUGCUCAUCACGGGGCCUGAGGGCCAGGGCCGAGGCAGGGUGGUCCUCUCGGACUUCGGCCUGUGCAAGAAGCUGGCAGCCGGCCGCUGUAGCUUCAGCCUGCGCUCAGGUGUCCCCGGCACAGAGGGCUGGAUGGCACCUGAGCUCCUGCAGCUCCCGCCCCCCGACAGUCCGACCAGCGCGGUGGACAUCUUCUCUGCAGGCUGCGUGUUCUACUACGUGCUUUCCAGCGGCAGCCACCCCUUUGGAGAGAAUCUUUAUCGCCAGGCAAACAUCCUUGCAGGCGCUCCCUGUCUGGCUCACCUGGAGGAAGAGGCCCAUGACAAGGUGGCUGCCCGGAGCCUGGUGGAGGCCAUGCUGAGCCCUCAGCCGCAGGCGCGCCCCUCUGCUCAGCAGGUGCUGGCCCACCCCUUCUUUUGGAGCAGAGCCAAGCAGCUCCAGUUCUUCCAGGACGUCAGUGACUGGCUGGAGAAAGAGUCCGAACAGGGGCCCCUGGUGAUGGCGCUGGAGGCAGGAGGCUCCGCCGUGGUCCGGGGCAACUGGCACAAGCACAUCACGGUGCCGCUGCAGACAGAUCUGCGACGGUUCCGGUCCUAUAAGGGGACCUCGGUGCGAGACCUGCUCCGAGCCAUGAGGAACAAGAAGCACCACUACAGGGAGCUCCCGGGUGAGGUCCGGCAGGCGCUCGGCCAGGUCCCCGACAGCUUUGUCCAGUACUUCACAGACCGCUUCCCGCGGCUGCUGCUCCACACGCACCAGGCCAUGAGGAGCUGCGCCUCCGAGAGCCUCUUCUUGCCCUAUUACCCGCCGGCCCCAGGGACCAGGGAGCCAUGUGCAGGAGCUGCUGGGAGCGGAGGCCGGCCGGCUGAGGAGCCAGGCCUGGGCUGAGGCUGGCCUCACAUGGGAAAAUUCCUGCAGAGGCUUGG